GAAUUCGCAGGCAUUCCAACCGCCAACCGCAGCGGACGGGCCGCGGGCGGUCCCUUGGCGACAGGCAUAAACGUGCGUCAGUGUUGAGAGAUUACACUUAUCACUGUGAAAAUCGUUUACCAUUUUAUCAGGAGUUUAUCUUCACCACUUCGAAGAUAUUUACAACAUUCAACUCUGAACUGUGAUAUUAUAUUACAGACUUUCUUUAGUCAAAAAUGAAACGAAAGAUUAAUCAAGCCUCUGCGUCAAGGAAGAAAGCAAAGGCAGGCAGUGAACAAGAUCAAGUACUGAAAGCAGAUUUCUUUGCAGGGUUAAAAUGCUUUAUUCACCCUGCAAACUUUGGUGUAGGUAGACUCAAUAUAUUUCAGAAACUGGUGAAGAACAAUGGUGGAGAUGUUUACGAUACAUUGCCGUGGGCUUGUGAAAGGGUUACUCAUGUGAUCUUUGAGGAGUCUUUGGAUGCUGACAAGAUCCAAAAGUUGAUUGAUCCAUCACAGUAUCAAAAUGCCAUUUUUGUAAGAUGUUCUUGGUUAAGUGCUUGCUCAAAAUCCAAAACUAAGAUUGAGACCAAAGAUUUUGAUAUCAAACUGUCAUCAGAAUGUUCAAAGGAUAAGAAGAAUAUAUCGUUUUCAUCUGAACCACCAAAAGUAAACAGUCAGAGUACAAAUGUGCUACAAAAUGCAGCUUGUUGGGAUUCCAUAUCAGGAAAGAAAAGAAGCAAAGACCCCAUUGUUACAACCACCAUACAGUCCGGAGAACAGGAUGAGAAUUUGCUUUCUAGUGAGAGAGAAGGGCCGUUACCAGAGAGCUCCACAAGAUGUGAAACCAAAGAUAUUAGCCCCUCAGUUAAAGAUCAUCUUCAGAAAGAUACAGAUACAAGGAAUGCAAGUAGAGAAGAUGGUAAUACCUCAGAAGAAAAUAUUACAAGGAAAGGGAGCUUCAAAAAAAGAAAGUUCUUUCCCAAAGAACUAAAGGAGAAAUUUGCCUGCGCAAGACCCUCAAGCAGUCAGGUCAAAGAUUUCAAUUGCCACAUUACUGUAGAGCUUGAGAAGUUAGCUGCAGCUUACAAAAGCAAAAAAGACACAUGGAGAGCCCUUGGAUAUCAGAAAGCUAUUUCUGCCAUUCGUAACUACCCAAGGCCUAUUACAUCCAGAGAGGAGGCCCUCAGUAUCCGUGGCGUGGGAGGACGCUUAGCAGACAAAGUUGCAGAGAUUGUAGAAAGUGGGAAACUAAGGAAAGUAGCUGAAGUGUGUGAGGAUGAAGAAGCUAAAACACUGCAGCUCUUCAUGGGUGUCUGGGGAGCUGGACCAACCACAGCACAUGGCUGGUACAUUCAGGGAUACAGAACACUGGAAGAUCUACAAGAAAAAGGGAAUUUGACUAGACACCAGCAAAUUGGUCUGAAGUACUAUGAUGAUAUAAAUAGCCGCAUCCCUCGUGAAGAAGUUGCAGAAAUUGAGAAAUACGUCCGGUCUGCUGCACUUAGUAUUAUAAAAGGGCUGAUUGUGAUGGUGUGUGGCUCAUACAGACGUGGCAGAGCAACUUGUGGAGAUGUUGAUGUGCUGGUGACUCACCCUGAUGGCCAGUCUCAUGAAACUAUAUUCCAACCACUCUUGAAUAAGUUGAGGGAAACAGGUUUUUUAACUGAUGACCUUGUUACUCAAGACGAUAAUGGUAACCAGAAGAAAUAUCUUGGUGUAUGCAAAUUACCAGGAGAAGAUAGAAAGCACAGACGAUUGGAUGUGAUUGUGGUCCCAUACAGUGAAUUUGCUCCAGCUUCAAUGUAUUUUACUGGCUCUGCUCAUUUUAAUAGAUCUAUGAGGCUGCUGGCUAUCAAAAUGGGAAUGAGUCUGUCAGAGCAUGGACUUCGGACUGGGAUCAUAAGACAGAAAGGAGAGAAACUGACAAAAGGGCAGUUGCUUCACACACCCACAGAGGAGUCUAUCUUCAAGCAUCUUGGACUGGAUUAUCGUUCACCCGAGGAGAGAGAUCAUUGACCUCAUCAUUGUAGAGAGGCCUAGGGUGGAGUAAAGAAGAGCCUAGGCCUUGAGUGGAUAGGAGAAUCAAACUCAAGAGGUGCAGAGUAGUCUUGUCUAUUUUACAGCGAGCAUGUGGUAUAAAUACAAUAUGGGAAAUGUGUUGUCUGCAGCUGAGUACGCUGAUAGGCUGAACGGCUGCAUCCCACUCUCCUGUGUCAUGGCAAAUCAGCACACACACUGACCUCACUGGCAGCAUCCCACCAGCAACCUCAGCACUCAGCUGUAACCUGCUUGCCUGCUGGCUGGCCAUGCAGAGGCAACUAUGGCAGGCAAGGCUGUGCCGGUGCCAAGUGAGGAGAUUGUGGCAUCCGCCACAUCAUAUUCUGAACACAGAAACACUGACACCAUCUGCAUUCAUUAUUUAUCUAUGCAAUUAAUGGCAGAACUUGAUUUUGACACAUCUAGUGAUAGCAAUUAAGAUUGAAAUGCACUUUUAGAGGCUGAUGUGAGAGUUAAAGGGAUGAGAGGCAAAAUCCCAAGUCUGUUUCUCCUAGCUGUAGAGGCCAUAUAUGGUCUAGAGAAAGAGGUUUAGAGUGUUGUCGUGGUGUAUGACAUUUUCUGACUUUUAAUAAUUCAGACCAAAGUAUGGAACCAGUCAGAUGCUUUAUUGCUUUUCAAGUAUAAAUUUGUUUUUAAUUUAUUUAACUUAAUGAAAAAAGAGGCUAUGAUCCAUAGAUAUAGAGAUAUCUGUAUAAUAUAUUUAACUUAAUCUUAACAUUUUAGUUUACCUAAGAAAAAAUUACCGUAUUGCAGUGUUUACCUCAAUACAAAAAGUAUGCAAUUAAGAUUUUAUUUAUCCAUUAAUCCACUCUCCAUGAGCCAUACACAAAUACAAACUAGGAAAAAAUCACCCCCAGUAAAAUUCAACCACUUAAAUCAUCAUCAUUUUUAAAAACAGAUAUUGCUCUAAUUAAGAGGAAAAUAUUAGGCAGCAUAACAUUCAGUAUAUCCAGUGGCAGUUCCUCCCCUGCAUAUCUUAGCAAUUCAUUUGUCUGGUGAUUUUGGAUAUCAAUAUCAGAUAGUUGUGGAAUAGCUGUUUAUAUUUGAUAAAUAGCUAUAUUCAUAUUUUAUGUGUGUAUUGAUGUAGUAUGUUUUUAUUGAUUUUUAAGUAUGUAUUUGUAUAUUUUAAAUAAUUUUUUAUGAUGUUUCAUUUGAAAUCCUCUUAUAGAUUUUAUAUAUUUAUCAUUAGUUUUGAGGUAAUCAUACCUUUUCUUUUUAAUAGGAAUUGGACAAUUACUAAAAAGUGAUAAUACCCAAAUAAUUAUGUAUAAAUGGAUGUCCUUUUGUGGCUACUGUUGUGACACUUCCUAUAAGUAAUGCACUGUACACUGUUCAUUGUCAGUGUGAAAUGCCCUUCCAUGAUCAACAUCUACUUAUACAUUGCAUUUAUGUUAAUCUUUCAUCCUGGAGUAUGUGAUAUUUUAAAAUAUUAAAUAUGUUUUCAAAAGAUUGGUAUAAAAUGCUGUUUAUAAAUUAAAUAUAUAUAA